GCAGCUGGGGCUUCAGGGGUAAGCAUAACGCAGAACUAGGCGUGAGAGACUUCUGCGCAUCAGCAAUUCCACCUCCUUUCAGGGGUCGCCAUUUUCUAUGUGGCGCCCCAGCGGGGAAGGGACUCGGGGCCCCCUGUUCCGCAGGAGUCAUACAGGACCGGGCCUAGACUCUGCGAAGUCGGCGGUGGAGGCCAGGCCCUGGCAGGUGUGCCAAAAGCCUGUCUGGGGCAUACAGCCCGAGAAGGGGGAUCUUUGUGUCCGCAGCUGCGCGCCAAAUCGGAGGACGUGGAGUCGCCACCCCCUCUGAGUUUCGGACUGGCCUCUGAGGGGCACUGAGGAGGGAGCUGGGCAGUGGCCGGCGCAAGGCCGGUUGCCCGCUCGCCCGUUCUUCCCCGGAAGCCGCGUUUCUAGACCCGCGCGAGAGGAGCAGCCCCAGAGAUCUGGCCGUGGGGAAUCGCAGAGACUGUGCCCAGGAGCGGCUGCCUGUGAUACGUCCCGGAGCCCAGCUGUGAAGCUUCAGGGACCUGGGCUCACAUCCGGCGCCUGCCAGUAACCAAGAAAUUAAUCUCGGUACAAUUCAGAGACUCGUCUGUAAAUCGGUGAUUUGCUGAGGCUGCAAGAUAAGGUCUCAUGACUUCUGCUUUUCAACCUUCCCUGUCCUGGCUUCAGAGUUUAUCCUUUCCCAAGAGCAGCAGAAAAUGAACAAAUUCCAGGAACCAGUAACAUUCAAAGAUGUUAUUGUGGAAUUCACCCAGGAGGAGUGGCAAUUACUGGACACUGCUCAGAGGACUCUGUACAGGGAAGUGAUGCAGGAGAACUAUGGUCACCUAGUCUCAGUGGGUUAUUGUGUGAAUAAGCCAAAUGCAGUUUUCAAGUUGAAACAGGGAAAGGAGCCCUGGAUAUUAGAAGUAGAAUAUCCACAUGGGGACUACCCUGACCUAUGGAAUAUUCAUGACCUAAGAGCAAGAUACCAAGAAAGCCAAGCUCAGAAUUCAAGGCCUGGAGAACUCACAAAUCAGAAAACUCAUACCAGAGCAAAAACCUAUACAUGCAAUGAAUGUGGAAAGUUCUACUGUCAGAAAUAUGCCCUAAUAGUACAUCAGCAUACUCAUUCAAAGGAUAAACCCCGUGAGUGUGGAAAAUCUGUCUCUAGGAAUAGGGGCCUCACAAGACAUCAGAAGACUUACACCAGAGAGAAAACCUAUGAAUGUAAAGAAUGUAAGAAAACAUUCUACCACCUGUCAUCUCUCAGUAGACAUUUGAGGACUCAUGCAGGGGAGAAACCUUAUGAAUGUGAACAGUGUGAGAAGUCCUUCUACCAGAAGCCACACCUCAUAGAACAUCAGAAAACUCACACAGGAGAAAAACCCUAUGAAUGUACUGAAUGUGGGAAGUUCUUCUAUGUUAAGGCAUACUUAAUGGUACAUCAGAAAACACACACAGGGGAGAAACCUUAUGAAUGUAAGGAAUGUGGGAAAUCUUUUUCCCAGAAAUCACACCUUACAGUACAUCAAAGAACACAUACAGGGGAAAAACCCUACAAAUGUAAGGAAUGUGGGAAAUUCUUUUCUAGAAAUUCACACCUCAAAACUCAUCAGAGAACUCACACCGGAGAGAAACCCUAUGAAUGUAGUGAAUGUGGGAAAUGCUUCUACCAGAAGUCAGCCCUCACAGUACAUCAGCGAACUCACACAGGAGAGAAACCUUUUGAAUGUAAUAGAUGUGGGAAAAACUUUUACUAUAAAUCAGACCUUACUAAACAUCAAAGAAAACACACCGGGGAGAAGCCCUAUGAAUGUCAUGAAUGUGGUAAAUCUUUCUCUGUGAAUUCAGUCCUCAGGUUACAUCAAAGGACUCACACCGGAGAGAAACCUUAUGAAUGUAAGGAAUGUGGGAAAUUCUUUUCUCAGAAGUCACAUUUUAUUAUACAUCAGAGAAAACACACAGGGGAGAAACCCUAUGAAUGUCAAGAGUGUAAGAAAACUUUUAUCCAGAAAUCAGAACUCACUGCACAUCAGAAGACACACACACAGAGGGAAAGAGCUCAUAAAUAGUAUGAAUUGGGAAAUUCUGCCUGAAUGCAUCCUUCAAAAUAAUUAGAUAAUUCCCACAAGACAAAAACCUUAUGAGUAUCAUCAAUAUGAUCAACUUUAGCCACAGUCUUCCUUCACGAAGAGGAAAUACACAGAAAAAUUCUACAAGGGUGAAAUUUUUACCAUAUAUCAGACUUUACUAAAUAUCAGACAAUGUAGAUGGCAGAAACACUACAAAUGAUAAAACAUAAGGAAACCUUUCAGAAGUCAUACUUUAUUUUACAAUAUAGAAAUCACACAGGAGAGAAAUCUUUUAAGUAAAAUGCAUGUCAGGAAAUUUUCUGCCAGGGCAGCCAUCAGUAGACAUUCAAAAGCUCACAUGAAUUAGAAACUCCUAUCAGUAUCCUAAUCACUCAGAAAUCUUUCUACGCUAGUUGGUCUCACAUUAGAACACUCAAAGGGAGUAACUGCAAAGAUUGGAACAAAUACAGAUGCCCUUAUCAGAAGUGAUGUUUCAGUGAAUGUCAGAUUAUUGAUACUGGGAUAGAACCUUUAUAUGUUAAGCUUUUAAAAGAAAAUUCCCACUGUACUGUGGGAAAUUGUUAUUCUAGAAGUCAUUUACAGAGAUCUGAUUGUAAGGUACUUUUUAAAAGAAAACUGCAUAUAAAAAAUAAAAUUAAAAAAGAGAAGAAAAAAAAUAAAAGGCAUCCAAAUUAAAAAAAUAAUAAAAGAAAACUGCAAGUGUUUAGAUAUAUGAAGCUUUUGAAAAGUACAAGUAGGCAACAUCAUUAAUACAUGGAGAGUCCUGUAGUAUAUAAGGACUUUUUCAUGUAUGUAAAUGAGCUACAGAAUACAGAUCGUGGAUGUCUGAUGUGCAUGUGGAAUCCAUCUAUAAUUAUAUAUAGGAAAUAUGUAACAUUAGUUCAGUAACUUUUAUGUAUAUGAAGAUAUUACAUAUUGAGCUUCAGCAGUGAUUCCUAUUAUUAAUGUAAUGUGUAUUUAUUUUUUAUUUUUUAAAAGAUUUUAUUUAUUUAUUUUCAGAUAGAGGGAAAGGGAGGGAGAAAGAGAAGGAGAUAAACAUCAGUGUAUGGUUGCCUCUCAUAUGCCCCCAACUGGGGACCUGGCCUGCAACCCAGGCAUGUGCCCUGACUGGGAAUCGAACCAGUGACCCCUUACUUCGCAGGCCAGCACUCAGUACACUGAGCCACACCAGCCAUGGCUGUGAUGUGUAUUUAAUGUAAUAUUUUUGAAAUUAUAACGCACCUCUUUCUCCUGUUUUCUGUCAUUUUAAAUGGAUAUGUAAGCUGUUAUUGAACUAAUCUUUCAGAAAGAAAUUAAAAAUGUUUUUGUAAAAUUUUCAACUGUCAGCUAAAUUUUACAAUAGAAACACAUUUAUUAUAGGAAAAGCCUGAGUUUAUUUUUUAAAACAGCUGAAAAUAGUCUAUAGAAUAAAAACAAAUAAUGCUAUGUAAAAAAAAAUGUUAUGUCUCACUAUUGAUGUUUCAGUAGGGUGCAGUUUUUUGCAUCUGUAUCUUGCAAGGGAGUCCUAAGUAUUCUCUGCUAACUUUGUUUUUCUGGUUGAAGCAACGUAACAUAGGCUCAUUCCAUCAUAGGACUUGACUCUUAACCUUUCUAUGCCUGUUUUGUUUUUUAGGAGAAGUGAUAAUAGUAUGUUCAGAUCACUUUCAGGUAUAAAUGAGUUAAUUUUAACACACUCAUAAUAAUGUCUGGUACACAAAGAGAGCUACAUGUUAGAUGUCAUCAUCAUUAUAAUUUGUAUUUCUUGAAUUCUGCAAAACAAAGAAAAAAGAUUGGCUGCUGCUAUUUACUGCCCACUUUAUUGCUGUGCUGCCAUUUGGUUUGGCUGUACAUUUUUCCUUGAAUGAUUCAGAAUGGGCCCACUGCCCAUAUUUAGCUGAAAACUAUUUCAAAAUAAUUGAAAGUAUUAGAGACUAUUUUGUGAUGUGAACAUUAUGAGUUAUUCAAAUCUCAGUAUCCCAUUAAUAAAGUUUUAUUAGAACACUAUUACAGACAAAAAAACAUUCUUUUCCAUUUUACCUGUAGCUUUUUUCAUGCUAUAAGAGUUUAGUAGUUCUAGCAGAGACCUUAUGGCCCAUAGAGUCUAAGAUUGUUACAUCUGGCACUUUACAAAGUACACUUUUGUUACUUAGUACUAAAAACAUCACAAUGACUGUAGAGGUACACCUUUAUAUUUGUGGGGUUUUUUUAUUUUUAUUGUAUUUUUUCCAUUACCAUUUAGUCCUUUUGUACUCCUAUGCCCGGCUGCAAUCACCAGUCUGUUUUUCAUGUCCAUUAGUCCUUUUUCUUUUUUUGCUCAGUAUUUGGCAUGUGUUUCAGAAAUGGUGCAUACAGCAAUUUGUGGUUGGGUAGCUUUGUGCUGUGUAUUUGCUUUGUACAGUAUAUUUAUAUGAGAAAACCUUAAGCAUUGGAAUUUUUCAAAUAAAUGCAUUUUACUUGAUGAUUUUUCAUAACACCAAGAAUUUUCCUUAUGUACUAUUGCAGUAUAUAUAAAAAAUAAGCUGUCUAAAUUGUUAAUCAAGCCCUAUCCACAGCAUUGAUAUUCCAAGUCAAUGGCCAGUUUUCCCUGUAUCAUUUUAUAAUUUUGUCAUUAUCCCAUGAUAAAAUACUAUCGUUAUGUCAUAUUAACUAACAAUACAAUAACACACAAAAAACUCAAUGCCAAACUCCACCAAUUACAUUACUAGUAAUCUACAUUACUAGUAUAUUACUAAUAAAACAUUUGUUGACCAUACGUCAUGUAAUUGUCAAAUGCUGUUUCAAUCUAAAUGCUACCAUCCUCCUUCCUCUUGUUAGUGAAGAUGACUUUCAAUGAUAUUCAACUUUUUAAGCAUGUUUUAUUCUGAUUCUGACGUUUAACAGUAAUGAUCACCUAUUAUGAUGAUAUUUAGUGAUUGCUUGUAUCUUACGAAUAAAGUAUACUUUAUAUAACUUCUGAGUGUUCCGUGGUAAAAUAUUGUUACCAAUAUUCUACUGACAUGAGAAUUCCAUCUUGAUAGAGGUUUAAGAGGAAUCUUAAUGCCUUUAGUUGUUCUUUAUUUCAACUGGCUGUGAAAGCAAAUACAUUUAUAACUCC